UCGUUGACCACACACGUUCCAAGUUAGCGGAGCUCUAGACCUUCUAGACCUUUAUCAUGGAACCACACUGGCAGAUCUCACCCAACCCAAGCCAAGAGGCCGUCGAGUCGGUCACGAACCUCUAUAACGCCAUUAAUCUUAAAUUCCCUGAGGGGGUGAGAAAUUUCGAGUCCAAGUGGGCCGCAUGGCAUAAUAUCUGCCUUAAAACCCCAACAUCUGCAAGUCUCUAUGCGUGUACGCAAACAGAUGAGUUCGAGGCCAUUAAGAUGCUCGGUCCGAAGAUUAUCCAAUUCGUGAUUUUCAAGCUCGCGAGAGACGACAUUCACCAGAACUCGUACGGCGUAUUUUUGUAUAACGCGCUAGAGUUUGAUACUAACUAUAUUGUUAAACGGGAUAGGCCCCUAGCCUCCCAUGAGGAGCUACAGCGUGAGAGCAGCCAACUUGUUGAGCUUAACUACCAGCGAAACAAAAUCGUCGAAGAACGCAUUGCAGCGUGGCAAAGGCAUCAUGAGAACAACCAGAUACAUAGUAACAGCAUCAUAUACACGGAGUGUGAAGAGUACUCUGAUCUACUCGAAAUGGGCCCGAGCAUUAUUCCGCAGAUAAUGCUCAUGUAUGAGGAGAAUUAUGAAGGCUUCUGGCACGAGCUGCUGUACGAGAUUAUUCACGGCCAUAAGAUGGGCGCGUGGUGCUACCAGAAGGGCUACCUGAUCGACAUGUGGUGUCAGUUCUUCAACGAGCGCGGGUGGAACGAGAUCCCUGUUUAUACCCCUUCCGAAUUCGACCGGAUGAUGUCCAAGAUUGACAGUGAAGAUGAGGAAGGGGAGUCAUUCAGGCAAUCUGGUCAACAGUGAAUCUUGGCGACAAUGCUUGGUGGGAAAGUGGACUCUGUUUAUUUUUUAUUUUUUUUAUCAAAGUUAACAUUAUAUAAUAUUCGGC